AAAACCGAAACGCACUUUGCUUUGAAGCCUCCACGGAAAAAGUUCUCGUUGUUGACGAGAACUAACAGUUUACAAACAAUUUCCAGUGGCAAAACGCAGUGAAAAGUGUAAAAACUUUUAAAUUUUGUUGCGCAUUACAUCUCAGCUCAACUUAAGCUAAAACAUGCCAGACUGGAGAGAACGUGACGAAUCCGACCGUGGAUACGGUGGCGGAAGCUCUGGGUACGAUCGGGAGCGUCGUGACUACCGUAGCGGAGGCAGCAGUUACGGCAGUGGUGGCGGCGGAGGCAGCGGUGGUGGCUACCGCUCGGGAGGAAGUGGAGGUGGUGGUAGUGGUGGUGGAUAUGGCAACCGUGAAGGAGGCGGUUACCGUUCCGGUGGUGGCGGAGGCGGCAGCGGUGGAUUCCGCAACGGUGGCGGUCCCCCACGUGGGCCACCAAGGAUUGACCCGGCAACGGCUAAGACGGAAACGUUCGAGGUCGAUGCCGAAAAGGUCAAAUUCAUCAUUGGACGCGGUGGCAACAAGAUCCGUGAAAUCCAAGAUCGCUGCCGAGUGUCGGUGCAAAUAGACAAGCAGCGCAACGAAAACGGUCAGAACAACGUUUCGGUAAUGGGAGACCAGUCGAACAUUGAUCGGGCGCGAGACAUGAUCGACCGGAUCAUCAAUGACGAUCGCGACCGGGAGGAGCAUCACCGCGACUAGAGCGCAACCGUUGAAUAAGGCGGUUAGCGUGCGUUCGUGUAAGGUCCGUCGCCUAAACUCAAAGGCUUAGGUUAAGAACAGUUUUAAAUACAGCAAACAAAUAGGUUCGAUUAAACACAGCUAAUAAGAGGAGUAAAAGAUUUGCAUUUAUAAUUUUCCAUAAUCCUGAUAAUGAUUAAACCACAGACAGAAUUCGAACGGUAUGUACCUGUCGCUUACUGGGGACAGCUUCCAUUAAACUAAAUGAACGGUAACAAAGGCUAGAAGACGGCGAAGGAAUUGUGAAUCACUAUGUAAUUGGAGGUUCUUCAAUAUAAAUUGCCUGAAAUAUUAUUUGUGUUUUUCACCAUGCUCUGGAUGUGAUGAUAAAUGGCGACAAAAGAAAGUCAGAUUGGGACGAAAUGAGCGAAAUUCUAAGUAGGGUGAAAAAAUGUAAAUAGAUUUUUAGAAAUUUAUAUUUCUAAGACUACCGCUAGUAUACAGGUCGGAUUCCGUUGAUCGGGAAAGUAGCUCAUGAACGUGGAUCUAGGAAGGAAAUGAACACAAGGAAGGUUAACUAACGCGUUCUAUGAUGAACCAAAAGCAAGAAACAAACGGUCGAACACAUACUGAAAAGGCAGGAGGUAACAGCAGAAAUUGAUGUAGAAUACAAAUGUUCAUUUUUUACUUUUAAGAAGUUGCAAACCAUUAAAGCUGAAACUGGUCGGAAA